UGUUACAGUAGGGUGGAGGAGAGAAAGCGAGCAGUUUGAGGCAGAACGAGUUUCUUUUUCUCGUCUGUGAGCCGAUCCGGGAAGUUUUCUUGCGGGAAACUGAAUGGUGCAGAAACUGCUGCUGUCUCCGGUGUCCCGCGUGGGAGGGGUCCAGGGACCGAGGAAGAGGGAGGGCUACUUCCUGGAGUCCCUCUGUUUCACAUGCAGGAGGUGCACAGAGAGUGGUGGAUUCUGGGAAUAAAGUCGGAGGGGGGCAAAACGACUCAAAGAAUCAGGAGGCUCCAUGUCCUCCAGACAGUCUACCCCACAACAGAAGGAGGAGGAGGGUGGGGAGGAAGAGGAGGAAGAACAAGGAGAGCGAUUCAAAUUUGAUAAUAGCAACGGAGAUGUCUAUUCUGAGGACUGUAUCAAUGCAGUGGCUGAUGAGGAGGCAACUAGGACAAAUGCAGUGGGGAAAAGGGCAUCUUGUUUUGGUGUGGGAGCAGUGGCACCCCCUGAAGAAUCUACUAUUAGAUUACCCUCAAAAAAAACAGAGCAGGACAGAAAUAUUGCACCCCCUGCUGGCAAGGAAAACUGUAACACAGGGGACGGUCCUGGUGCUGAAACGCCGGAUGACGUCCCCCAUGCGCUUCCAGGAGGGGGAUCCAUUGACAAGGGGGCCGCUGGAGACAGGCAGGCGGAGGUGCUGCCCAGCGAUCAGCAGGACACCGCUGGCGAGAACAAUGGGCGUUGCCAAGGUGGGGGCAAGGCGGGCUUUGGCCCAGGGACAGGGAGCAAGGAGGUGAUCUAUGAUGAGGUUCCCAUCGAGGAGGUCCCCGCCAGAGAAGGCGAGCUGAUCUACGAGAACGUGCAGAAGGCCGAGGCGACAGGGCCAGCGGUGGACAAUGGCUGGAGCUCCAGUGAGUUCGAAAGCUAUGAAGAGACGUCUGAGGGUGAGGGCCGAGAGGUGGUCCGCUUCAAGUCUUCCCUGGAUGUGUCGCGGUCAAAGGAGCGAAGUGCCAAGGCCAGGCGUGGGCCAUCCUUGCGGCACUGGGCACGGCCAAGAGGGCACACCAAGGUCCACCAGCUGAUGAGAGCUGCCAGGAGCGGAACGAAGGAUGGUCUGGAGAAAACAAGGAUGGCCGUGAUGCGCAAAGUGCCUUUCCUGCAGAGAAAGGACACCGCCGAUGAGAAGCUGGAGGACGACUCGGUGUUCCUGGAUGUGAUGGUGUCCGAGGCGAAGAGCCCACCCCCACGGCUGGGACCCAUGCCCGAGGGACUGAGCAGCCAGCAGGUUCUUCGUCGCCACAUCCUGGGCUCCAUCGUUCAAAGCGAGAGGAGUUACCUGGAGUCCCUCAGAAGGAUCGUUCAGGAGUACCAGCAGCCCCUCCAGGAGGCUGAGCCCCAGAUCUUGAGCCCCAGAAAGGUGCGGAUCAUCUUCCACCGGGUGCAGGAGAUCCUGCAGUGCCACUCCAUGUUCCAGAUCGCGCUGGUCUCUCGUGUGGCCGAGUGGGACAACAGCGAGAAGAUCGGUGACCUCUUUGUGGCCUCUUUCUCCAAAUCCAUGGUACUGGAUGUCUACAGCGAAUAUGUCAACAACUUUAUCCACGCUAUGACAAUCAUCAAGAAAGCCUGCAUGACCAAGCCUACCUUCCUGGCAUUUCUGAAGAAGCAGCAGAUCAACAGCAUGGACCGCAUCACCCUGUAUGGCCUGAUGGUGAAACCCAUCCAGAGAUUCCCUCAGUUUAUCCUUCUGCUGCAGGACAUGCUGAAAAACACCCCCAAAGAGCAUCCAGACCGGCUGCCGCUGCAGUUGGCCCUCACGGAGCUGGAGACACUGGCAGAGAAGCUCAACGAGCAGAAACGCGUGGCCGAUCAGGUGUCCGAGAUGCAGCAGCUGGCGCGCAGCGUGAGGGACCGCGGUCUCAGCAAGCUGCUGAGCUCAGACCAAAGCCAACUGAUCCUGUGUGAAACGCUCUUCGAGACCGUCUACGGGGAGCGUGGUCAGGUCCUCAAGACCAAAGAGCGCAAGGUGUUCCUCCUCAGCAAUGCGCUUGUCUGUGCCAACAUCAAUGUCAAGGGGCUCUCUGAUAUCAGCAGCCUGGUCCCUAUUGGCACAAAGUACACUGAAAAGUGGAGCGCCCCCUUGCUGCAGGUACAGGUGGCAGAGGUGGGACAGGAGGACGACCAUGGAACGGGGACCCUGUUUCAGCUCAGCAAGACCCGGCAUGUUCCAGGCAAAGUGGUCCUUGGUCCCCCACGUCUCUACCAGGAGCUCCAGGAACUACAGUACGACCUGUCGGUGGUGGAGCAGGUGACGCUAUUGAUCGGCACACUACAGGGGACCUAUCAGAACCUUAACACCACGGUGGCUCAGGACUGGUGCCUGGCUCUACAGAGGCUCAUACGAAUCAAGGAGGACCAGAUACAGGUUGCCAACAAGUGCCGCCUUCGUCUGCUGGUCCCUGGGAGGAAUAACAAGUCAGGACGUCCCGUCAAAUUUAUGGUGGUCUUCAACACUCCCAGUUCCCUCAGCAAGUUGUCCUGGGUGAACCGCCUGCAUCUGGCCAAGAUCGCUCAGCGGGAGGAGAACGUGCCGGGCUGGUCCUGCGAUGAGGACGACAGGAAGAUGAAGGUGCCUUUCUUCCGGCCUCCCCUCGCUGGCCGGGUGCCCAUCUUCUCCGUCAAGGCCAAGGGCAGGAAGCUGGAGGCCGGACUUCACAACCCCGUGCAGUGCGCCUUGCUGGGGCUGUCGGCGGCCAGCACGUCCCUGCCUCAGGGGUACCUGUGGGUCGCCAGCAGUACCGACAGCGGCCAGGGAGGACACAUCGAGAUCUUCUCCUUGAAUAGGACCACGCCUCGCCCGGUCAGGUCAUUCCAGCUGGGGGCGCCGGUGCUUUGCCUGGAAUACGUCCCGGUUCCUGGCCUGGCCGAGGAGACAGAGGGGGAAGACGAGGAAGCUUUCGGGAAAAGCCCAGCGGGUGUGGGAAACACGAUUUGUGCAGGACUUCAGGAUGGGAGGAUCCUCAUAUACGGAAGUGUGGAUACUUCUACCCAGUGCCUCUUGACCUUCAGGACCCCUGAGAGGUGUCCUGUACUGUGCCUGAAACAUCUGGGAAACUUCCUCUUUGCCGGGCUGAGAGACGGGACAGUGAGGGUGUACAGCCGCAACAAUGGAGAACUUUGGGACCCUGCGUCCAGCAGGCGGGUUGAGGUGGGUCCAGAGCCAGUAAAGACCCUUCUGGUGCUGGAGGACUCGAUCUGGGCUAGCAGUGCCAACUGGGUGACCACCAUCAAGACUGCCAGCUUGGAAACGGAAAGGUUCGAGGCCCACCAGGAUCCACAGAUGAGCGUCACCCAAAUGGUCCGGGCGGGGGGUGGUGUCUGGAUGGCCUUCUCUGAGAGUUCCUCCAUCCGCCUCUUCCACACAGAGACUCUGGCACUUCUACAGGAGAUCAACAUCUCCACACCGUCUGCCUUCCUGAGUCCCGGGCAGGCGGGCGAUCGGGUCACGAGCCUGAUGGUGUGUCAGGGGCUGCUGUGGGUGGGCACUUCUCUGGGCAUCAUCAUCACGCUGCCCGUGCCCAGACUGGAGGGCAUUCCCAUCAUAAGAGGGAAGGGUAUGACGUCUCUGAACGCCCACUGCGGCCCGGUGAACUUCCUGGUGGCCGCCUCCAGCUCCCUGCCUUCGGAGCUGCUGAGCCGGGACUCCUUCCGAGACGGCUGGGUGGAUGACCGGGCCGAGCCCGCCGAGGUCAUGCUGCGCUACCGCCUGCGCUCCACCUCAGGCCUGCCAGGGAAGCCACUAACUGGCAGGACCUCGGUUGCCAUUGGUCGAGACCCAUCCCAGGCCCAGUCCCCGGAACAUGAGCCAGAGGACGGCACCAUCUACGGGCUGAGCGACGGCCGCGGGGUCUGGGCACGUAGCCGACUGCCCAGCAGGGACGAGACCCCAAAGGACAGGGUGCUCUCCAUAGCAGUUUUCUCUGGUGGACGGGGCUACCGACGCCUGGGGGAAGAGCCUCCAGAGGGCGCCAGUGAGGCAGCUGAGUGUAUGCUCAUGGUUUGGCAGUUCCCGCUCGCCUUCUGAUUGGAUCCUCUUCUCAACUAUCUGCCAAUCGGUCAGACUCCAUGCCGUCCAGCUCCCUCAAAGGUGAGCAUGAACUCAGCAGAAGGCCGGGAUGCCAAUCUGACCGGACUCCAGCUGCAGACGAGCCAGUUGAAUGCCAAGCUCCCCAUCCAAGCUGUGCCUUAUGGUGAUGCCCAAAAGUCAACUGGUUCCCAGGGCCAACCUCAGGCCCCUUUGCCUGUGAUGGUUAUGAUGGAAAUCAUGUAGACGUGCCCUUUCUGUGUCUUCUGGAAAACUUUGGAAAUGCAUGGAUCAAACGUCAUUACGGUCGAGCAUUGCCUUAGUGUCUUGGGUCUGAUUUUCCACUUUUUCCCCCAUGUAACCACAGAAGGGCCGGUGAUGCCGUAAGUUUUUGGAGCAGGAACUAGAUGUAUGAUUGGUCUAGAAAAGCAGACGUAUGAUAGGUCUAGAAAAACCAGUUAUGCACUUUUCAGACCUCAAACCGUAACCUGACAUCACAAAGAACUGUGACAGAGGGGGAAUGAAAUACAAACGAACGGCACAGUUCCGCUUAUCUCCCUUUGGGGGCAUAUGAAGAACGCCUUGAUCAAAGGUCACCAGCAGAGGUCACUGUCCUACAUCUUGAAUGUGAAUCAGCCCGUAAUCUGAGGCCUCGUUUCUCCUAAUUGCAACCCUUCCACUAAUAAGAUCUCAGAGAAGCAGAGCCUCUGUUUCAGUGAUGGACUGGGUAGCUCGGUGUCUCAUUACACCAAGGUGAGAAUUAAAUGGCUGAGAAUAAUAUGUGCGAUGUUUAAAUAAAGCUGGGCUCUAGAAGUUCUGAGGAACAUCACUUCAUGAGAGCUGCUGGAGGAGGAGAAGGAGAGGUUUGUGCCCAGCUUGAUGUUAGGCCAGAGGCUUCUCCUCCGCAGGCCUCCCCACCCACCACAACGCUCAAGCAAAGAGCAUCACCAUGCAAUUAACCUGUCAGGGCGGCUGUAAUUAUCAGCAGAGCGACUCGAGUCACCCGGAGGGGGCCUUUGUGCUCCCUCACUCCGCAGAGGAUCGAUCCGAAAUCCAGGCUGAAGCGAAACACAGAUUCUCCUCCGCAAGGAGCAGACAGCAGCACACACUGAACAAAAAGGAGCCUUUUGUAAGUCAAAAGGUUAUUGUUAGAGUAUUAAAUGGCUUUCUUUGGAUGCUGUGAAAUGACACGUUUGGUUGCUCUUUGGAAGGUACUGUCUCAUGCCACACUGGCUACAUCCCCAGAAUUGGGUAAUUAAAGCCCAGAACUUAUUGGACUGGGUCAGUCUGAGAGCCCAGGAGCUGCAGCAGCCCCUGAUACUAUAGUUAUGUAUUUUUCCUGUAAAUAAUUUUUGGUGGUUAAUGACUAUUAUAAAUGUCCAUGCGUGGACUUAUGGGAAUGUGGAUGUAAAAUCAUUUUCAUGCCAUUUGUAACAGCAAUUAUUGUGUUAUUUAUCUGUGUAUGUUUGAUAUCUUUACAGUUCUGGAUUGAUGAUUGUUUAUAAAAACAAAUAAUAAUAAUAAUAUUAAACUACUAUUGGCCUGGAGAUCUGUGUUGAAGUAACACGAACGAGAGCGAUUUCUUAAACGGCUGACAUUAAGAUGCAGCAGCUAACCCAAAAUGAAGCGUAUAAAUCGGAAUCUGGCUAAAACUGUCCCAAAAGCGUUUCUCACUGGAAAAUCUGCCAGCCCCCACUGGUUCCAUCUAAUUAAUAGAGUUCAUUAACACCGUCUGCUCCGGACCACUAAACUCCUGUCUGGAAGAGAACUUGCAGUGUUAGUAAUGUUGUCACACACGACACGUGGAGGCUGUCCCCAUGUCGACGUCCUUCCGGAGAUUCUUAGCUUGAUUGCUUUGGCGGCCGAUGGGGUCCAAUAGACACCUCCGGGUGGAAGACGCUUUGCAGUACUUAAGCUAAAUUGCUGCCUGGCCUUGAUCCCAGCGCUGCACCUGUCUGCCCAGUCGGUUAGCAAAUCGAUCUCUUCUGCAGUCAAGGAGCUACAUGUCUGUGACCCGGGAGCCGGCGGAGAAAAGGGGGAAGCGGGGGGGGGGGGGGGGGGGGAGCGGACCGUGUCUGCAGGGGAGAGGCGAAGACAGACGGCGCAACACGAGAAAGAACGCAGUACCAACACAGCCCGGUGGGGGGGGGGGGUUUAAUAAGCUGUGCCAGAAUUAAAGGUGUUUAUCAGCAAUACUCUACUACCCCCCCCCGUGCAGGCUCAGCGUUCCAAUGGCCACGGCUGUUUUUGCUGCCUUUCCCAGCAGGAGGCCUGGAUUUGCAGCCCAGUAAUGGGCCGAGUGAAUUAGUGACAGUAUUAAGGUGUUUAAGUUCCGAACAACGCUGUGCUUCCCGGUGCAGUUCCGUUUGGGGAGAAGCAAUAUUGUGCCUGUUUUUUAUUUUUUUUUACAGACUCUCAUGUUUCAUGUUUAUUGCCCCUUAACACCAACCAGUCUCCUUAGUCUUCACUGUCUAAAAUAAAGUUUGUUGAUAGAUUUUUUUAAGUA